GCUCCAGUGGAAGUCUCGUGGUAGCAGUGAACGAGUGGCACACUUAUCCACGCCACUGCCUCUUAUAAGACCAGUCAGAGAGAGCGUGAGAGAGAGAGAGGGCUAGUGGCAAAAAGAAGAAGAGGACGAAGCGACAGAAGAGAAAGGAAAGGAGCGGGGGAGCAGGUGAACACAGUCGAUGGAUGCUGUCCGGCUUGAGGGAUCAGCACGUUUCUCAUUGACGAGGAAAAGAAAGAUUUCAAAAUUGAGUCGAAGGAUAGAAACUCGCCGUCAGGCAUGGUGUGUGAGAAGGGGAUCCAGAUCCUCCUCACCACCGUGGGGGCCUUCGCUGCCUUCGGCCUGAUGACGGUGGCCAUAGGGACGGACUACUGGCUGUACUCCCGCGCCCUCAUCUGCAACAGCACCGCCAACGUGUCCCAGGACGACCCCCACAACAAGGACAAGAAGGACCCCGGGGCCCUCACCCACUCCGGCCUCUGGAGGAUCUGCUGCCUGGAAGGGGUGAAACGAGGAGUGUGCUCUCAAAUUAACCACUUUCCAGAAGAUGCAGACUUUGACCACGAUGGGGCCGAGUAUGUCCUCCGAGUGGUUCGUGCGUCCAACAUUUUCCCGAUCCUCAGUGCGAUCCUGCUGCUGAUGGGCGGAGUCUGUAUCGCAGCCAGCCGCUUCUACAAAAGCAAACGAAACAUCAUCCUGGGAGCGGGGAUACUGUUUGUAGCUGCAGGCCUGAGUAAUAUCAUUGGUGUGAUUGUGUACAUCUCAGCGGCGCUGGGAGACAUUUCUCCGAAGAAGGACGAGGAUAAGAAGUGGCAGUACUCGUACGGCUGGUCCUUUUACUUCGGGGGGCUGUCCUUCAUCAUGGCCGAGAUGGUGGGGGUCUUAGCGGUCAACAUUUACAUCGAGAAAAACAAAGAGCUGCGCUGCCGCUCUCGCACCGACAUCUUCAAGAGCACCACCCAUGCCAUGCUGCGCCUGCCCAGCUACCGCUUCAGACGCCGCUCGCGCUCCUCAUCACGCUCCACAGACCCCUCCCGCUCCAGAGACCCCUCCCCUGUCGGGGGAGGAGGGAAGAAUUUUGGACUGCCCCCAUCCGCUCUGUUGUCCCAGGGUCCCAUCUCUGUGUCCACACUGCCAAACCCACACUCACGCUCACACACGGCUCUGGCCGGAGGAGACAUCUCGCUCUACACGCUGUCUCGAGACCCCAAACUGGGCGGGCUGCCCCCCAUGUACGGGACAGUGGACAGGGCUACACUGUACCAGCUGCACAACUGUUUUCCUAAAGACGGGGGAGGGGGCGGAGUCAUGAUGAGCGGCACGCUGCCCUCCCUCAAGUCACACAAUCCCGCCAACUCCACCAACUCCAACGCGCCUAUGCCCAACUCGGUUGGCUCGGGACCCCCGCCCUUCACAGCGUCCACAGAGCGAGGGAUGGGCACACUGGACAGGCUCAAGGGCGACAGGGAGAGCAACUCGAACACGCUCAACAGGAAGACCACCCCAGUGUAGACCCCCAGAGGGAUCAUCCAUGUUCACUGAUCCACUGGAGUAAUAACUGAGCGAUAAUAACAACAACAAUAAACCCUCACAAGAAAACUAUUUUGAUAUUUUAACAUGCUAGAAAAGGAUUUAUUUUGUUAAAGAUCAAACACGAUUUAGCUCGGGCUCCUGCAGAGAUGUUCACUUACCUUCUGUUCAGUUUGUCAUCGACGCGGAUCAUUAAAAGUGUAAAUUGUUGUUGUGAUUAUUCUGCGCGUUAUUACAUGCUAACGAUAAUGCAAAGUUAGUAGUAAGAAAGUCUUAUUUUGAUGUUUCUCUUUGCGUUCAUGACUUUAACUGUGAAUCUCCAUGCCGAGCCACUGGAGCUGUUACGUCUUAAGCAUGACUGUACACAUGUGGCAGGUGCGUGCGAGCCUGAACUAGUAUAAUUUUAAACUAUAUUACGUACUUUUCAUUCAUGUCAGAUGUGAAUAUUAUGUAAAUUGUCUUCCAAUACUGAAUUUAAACAAAUGCAACAAUAACGCAAGGAAAUGAGACUUUUUCUGAGUUAACUUUUUCUAUUUGUUAGUCUAAUUUCAAUGUUACCAGUAGUAUUGUAGCUCUAGUAUGUUAUAAUGUUUGUUCUUGGGCAUUAACACAACUUUGGACUAUAGAAGAUGCAGAGAAAACACAUUUGUACAGUUAAAUCAGGUAAAGGUUGCUGCCUGAAAAGAAAUUAUUUUUUACGGGUCGUUCCCAAACAAUGAGAUGCAAACCAUUUCAGUGGCAAAAAUACAUAUGUGUAUAGCCAGACUUUGUAAUAGAGCUUCUGUAAGUACUCGUCUCGCGUUGUGUUUGGGGACCACUGUUAAAAAUGGGAGAUUUAUGUAGCUGAUCCUUGUCACAUGACCAAAUCCUUACCUUUCUCACUGUGCUUCCCUUCUGUUGUGACUGAACUCUCUCCAUUGAUGAGAAUGUAACUCGUCUUUUCCUCUGUCCUCACCGUCUACCGUCCCAAACGCGAAUCGUCCGGAGUGACUGCCGACGCACAACAAAAGGAAAAAGAACAAAACAACAAGAUGCUUCCAGGAUUUGAUUUUUCCUAUUUUAUUUUAUUUUUUUGGAUUUUGGAAAAAGAAUAAUAAUGUGACACCACUGCACACAGAGCAUUUAUGUGGGCAAUAUACAUAGUGUGUAGUUAAGAAUAGAUCUAUCUAGGCCAAUGACUAUGAUUUAUCUAAAUGUGUGAUAAACACUGUA